UAGAACAAAAAUGAAGGAGCCUCCCCUUGGGUGGUGGUCAUAUGUUCUAAUCUGGAACUUGUCCUAUUUCAGAUGGUUUACAAGACUGUUGCCAGAGACCCAGGAAUGUAGAGCCCUAUUAACCAGCCUGGUAUCCAUUUCAGCCCAAAGUAUAAGCUUGUGCGUUCACAAAGCUAGGCUGGUGCACUCAGUUAAGACAGCAUUGAUACUGAUCCUUUCACUGUGCUGGCACAAGUCAGGGCUGUUAUCUUCCAGUGGAUUGGUGCAAAUGGUUUCAAAACAGACUUCCGCAUGCUACCCUCUAGUGCACCAAAGAGGAACUUUGUUCCACUACUGAGCAUUUUAAAGAGCCAUCAGGGUCUUUGAAAAUUGUUUGGGAAACAUUCUAUACCAGGUGGUACUUGACCUCCAGCCUGUGGGCCAGCUCUGGCCCCCAGCACCGUGUCAUCUAGCCCAUGAGGCUCCCCAUGGAUCCAAAAAUUUGGCAGUGGGGGAGCAGUGGUACUGCUAUCCUGCUCCCAAAUUUCCAGCCCCAUGAGGAGCCCUGGGCCCUGAGGAGCAGAGGCAGUGUAGAGCCUGAUCCUGACGCACAGGGCUUGAUCCGGCCCACAGGCCAGCCCUCCGCUACUCAUCUCACCCAUGGGGUGAGAAGCUUCAGUUCCACUGUUCUAUACAACUAUUUAGAGAGAAUUCUGUCCCUGUGUUCAUAAAAUUAAGGACAUUUCACGAAACCAGAAACUUACCCACCUCAUCCCAGUAAGAGUUUGCCUGUUCUUUCUUUUCCCACCUGGAGUCAUCCUUCUUAUUCUGUUGCAGUCUUAAUCCUCCACAUGGCAAACAGAUGUAGCAGAAUAAACUUCAGGUGGUAAAGAAGCAGUAAGGGCAAGCCAGGUUUGAAAAGAUACUUGCAAAGUCAAAAAACAACUAAAGACCCAACCUGUUAGGUCUGUUAGGUUGUCUUAUGUGAUUCCCCACAAUACAGACUUUGGGGGUCUUGCAUACUAGAGGAGUCCAUCCUUGGCAAGAUGUGAUUUAGUGACAGCCAGGAAUUGGUUGUGCCUAUGUGCCAGGAUCACAUGGUCUGCAUUGCAAUGAUAAAGUUUGUGAAAAAAGAUCCAGGGUCAGCAUCCGUUCUUAGUCGCAUCAUGAGAAGACCAUUGGCUUUAUCAGGUUUGUGCAUGAUGCAACAGAGCAGAAUUUGUGCCUUUGCCUAUGAGAAGGUAACACAGCAGAAGUAGGAUAGCCAGGUACAGGUCAUGCAAACUAAAAUAUGCAGAUUGAUUUCUAUUGGUACAUUUUUUGUGACAUCCUGGCAGCUGAUCUUUGGGAUAUGUUUCCGUUAUAGGGUGAUGGAUCUGCCCCAGCUGAUAAGCAUCAACUGGUUCUGCAUCCAAAGUACAAAAGUUGUCCCAUAGACAAGACCUGAUAGCCUUUUAACCCUUUCGUAUUUUAACAUAGUCAGUACACCAGUGCUUUGGUAGAGACAAAGAAGUCCUUGAUAAGGAAGUGCACAACCUGGAUUCAGAUGUAGGUGUGGCCAUUUUUGUGAACCUACAUGAGACAUUCACUGUGCAGCAGCCCAUGACUACUGCGUAGUAGUGUCACAUGGAAGGAAAUGUGACAUGAUGCCACUGCGCAGUAGUCAUGAGCUACUGCGCAGUCAGCGUUACAAAAAAGCCAUUCCUCGGUGCAGUUAGCAUCUCAUGAAGACACAGCCAAUAAGAGUGAUGCUAGAAUGUAUGCUGUACUCCUCUGUUUAGUACAUGUGAACUAGAUCAUCAGACAUUUAGGCACCUCUUUCCUGUUUAGGUGCCCAACUCCCUUUGAUUUGAAGCUGUGUCCCUAGUGCCUAAAACAAGCUCAACCUGAAUAUUCAGUCUGAACCUCAGGAAGGUUUCAUUUAAAUACUGAGUGUGAAUCUCCAAAGCCAGACAUUUUUAUAUCCCAGUAGGAUAAAGGAAGUAUAAAAUCUGGAAAAGCACAUUUAGAAAAUAAUUUUACUCUCAUUAUCUUGCUUCUGCCUUCAAGGGGAGCAGUACUGGCGUCUGACUUCGGGCCACUAGCUAUUUUAUGUUUCUGCUAGUUCCUGGCAAGAGAACUUGUUUAACAGCCAUUUUAAACAUCAGAAACUUGAAAAUCUCUUUUAAAAGAUCAAAUUUUUGCUCUUGCAUUUUACAGUAACAAUUUCUAGAAUACAUGAUUAUAUGCAUAGCAUGCUGCCACUUGUAUACUUAACAUUUUUAAGCUAUCAGUGUAGUAGAAUCUUGUUGGCCAUAUAUACAACUUUCCUAUACAUGGAUUGGCCAGAGCCAUCCAAAGGGAAAGCUGCCAGCUCUCUGCAGGAAACAUUAAUGCACAAAAUUAUGAGCAUUAAUCUUAUUUUUCAACCUCUAUUUUAAAUCUGGGUUUGGUUUGGUUUUUAUUGCUGUUGCCAUUUUGCGUGGGACUCAGCAUAAAUUCAUAUUACAAAUCUUGUACUUUUUUAUCCCUCUGCAAGAAGUAGAUAUGUGUGUUCCCCUCUUACUCAGAUAUUCUCUCUCAAAAAUGCCAUAAAUGUUGGAGUUCUUGGCCAUUUAUAUAGUAUUAUGUACUAUAUAACAGUAUUCACAAGUACUUUCAUUUCAUAGAGGGUUUUUUCCAGUGAUGCUUUUAAUAAUGCUCUCACAAGUAUGCCAAGUAGUUUAGGAUCACCAGAAAUGGUUAUAUUUCACAGCACCUUUUUUAGUGACUAUUCAUUCUAGGAGCAGUAACUAUACACUAAACACAGUACAAAAUUGGAUUCUGGUCUCAGGCCAAUCCUGUAUUCCACAGAUGCCUCAACUAUAUGGUUGUUAGUUUCGUCAAGUACUGCGACCAGACUCAUGAUGCAACUCAUGGAAGUCCCUGGACCGACCGCUUUCAUCUGGCAUUCUAUGAGGGACCCGAUUCUGAUCGCAUCCCUGUUUUAUAUCAGUUUAAUUUCACUUAAAUCAGUGGAAUUACACUCAAUAUGCACCAAAUGUGUAAAAAGAAUAUGGCUUAUGCACAGAAAAGGAAGAAGGGGAGCGUGUGAAAUGAAAAGAAAUAACAGGGAUUUGGUGAAUAAUCUAAGGGCGGGCUGGUUUACCUCAGACAGUAAUAUGAUGAGUGGACCCAGAGAAAGAGGUCAAGGUCACUGAUGGACCUAGUGUGUCCAGCAAUACAAGCUGAGCCACACUGCUACUACACAAGCAUCGGAGUCUCAGCAUAUACUGUUGACCUGUUUGCGGGAGGAGUAAAGUUAUGUUUUUUGCAAUUCUGCUCCCCUGCCACAUCACUUCUUAUCAAUGAGAGGCUCAUGCAGGUUGCCUUUCUUGCCUCAAUUCCUGCCUCUUAUUGGUGUGUCACGUACAUACACUUUUCACUCACUAAAAUGCCAGAUAAAUGGCAAAUGGCACUCCCUUACUACAAUACUCCCUUACUACCCCUUAUUACUACCCCUUAUUUAUUGUCUAUUCUGCUCCUUAUCUACUGCCCCCUGAAGUAUACUAUGGGUUUGUGAUACCACUGAAUGUGUCCUGCUAGCUUGGCACCUGCCCUGAACCUGAAUGAGAUUCUGUUAAGAUGUAUCUGCAGGUUUUUCCCCCUCAGGUCAAACGUACCAUAAAUAGAAUAGUAAAAGAAACUGAUUAGAUGCAUCAAAAUUAAAUAAAUAGAUAAAUUACUAAAUAAAUGAUGCAGACAAGGCCAAGGUGAAUUUACUAGGAGGAAUCUAAGAGGGCUUAUUUUGCAGUACAGUUGUUUUUGUAGUGCUGUUUCAAAUGUGAAAGUCUCUUCACAAGAAGAGUUUUAGCCAAGAGGAAUUUGAAUGAUUUGUUUUACUACAGCUGAGCUAAAGGGCUUAUAUGGAGAUAAAGAGGAGAACAAAGCUUAAAAUGGCCACCACUUUUUGAAUGCCACAAUAAUCUAACUACACGAGGGAAAGAAGUCAACCUGACAGGACAUCUUUGUUGAAAGUUGUAAUGGAAGAAAAUGGAAUAUCUAAUUGCAGUGGAAUGUCUAACUGGCUAUUAGGAAUGGAAUUCUGAAAAGGUAAUGAAAGCAGAACACUUUUGAUCCUAUUAGGCUUUUCUGAAAAAUUGCACGGUAACCUAGUGCUUCUGAACCAGGGUGCCAAGACACCCUGGGGUGCCUUGAAAUCCUUUCAAGCAUGUCAUUGGGGUGCCACACAAGGUUAGCACUGGUUGGCAUGCAAACAUGAUUCACAAAACUAAAGGCUGCUUAUACACAUUCUGGUUCAUAUUCUAAUUAGAAUGCUCCAGAUGACUUCAUCAUCACAUGUAUAAGCCCCCACAGUUUAAAAAUAGCCUCUGGGGUACUUUAUCUAAACCUCAUCAAAUGAGGUUUAGAUAAAGCACCCAUCCCCAUUCAGGACCUGUGGGGGCUUAAUAUACAUGAUGGUAGGGCAUUUUAAUUAGAGCAGCUUUCCGGGAACUGCUGUAAUUAAAAUGCCCCCCACCCCCAAGCACAUCGUCUAGACAGUCAAAUAUUCGGACCUGUUGUGGUCUUUCUGAGUUAUAUGCAACAAGAAUUGCUCUAUUAUUUUUAUGUAGUUAAAAAUGGAGCGAAAACAAAGGGCUGCCAUUUUCCAGAGCUUGCCUUGAUACUAUUGAGGGAUACCUUGAUCCUAGCUAAAAGGUUGAGACCCAGUGCCCUAACCUAAUUCAGCCAGGGAAGGAAGAGUACACCAUAUUGCUUAUUCCAUCAGCUUCAAUUCUCACAUACACAGCACAGACUCAUGGCACAAAGCAUUGUAAUUCAAGAACUAUGAAUGAUUCCAAGGAUAACACAAGGUUUUCAGUAUUGUCAAUACCAGGCAUUCAAAAAUCUUGAAAUUAAUUUACAAAGGAUGAGAGUAUAAAUACAUUGGAGCUCUUUGUUUGACACCUGGUGUCAGCACUUGUAAGGUUUUAUCAUCCCAGACAUCAUGCAAGUUAAAAACUUAAUUCAUUUUUAAUGAAAGCUGAGAUUCUGAUCUCAUACUAUUUCAGGACAUAGGGCUUUAAGAAAAGUACUGCGAUUUACAAUAAAUUUGUAGGCAUUAGCAACAUUUGGUUUUAAUAAGUAGCAAAUCAUAGAACUAUGUAUACAUACUUCUGAAGUUGGAGGAAAAUGAAAAUGACAAGACACACUUCAUAUUACUCAUUAAGUUAAUACCUGAAGGGAUGUAGGCUUAGAGCUGAGGAGAAAUGCUUACUAAGAAAAAAUAUCAGGAUACUUUGAUUUUGGAAUAGCCCAGAUGUAAGGCCCUGUUUUACUUUUCAUCUUGGAGCUGCCUCCCCAUCAACCUGUACGUAACAAGACUAGUAGGAGCAUGCUAGCAAGCUGUUGGCCACAUGGCUAGGACAAGUUCAUCCUUCUCUAGAUUCAAAGUGAACCCCAGAAUCACCUCUGAGCCUCAAAACAUGUUUCACCAAAAUCAGAAGCCAGAAAUGGACACAGUGCAAUGAAAAGCCUGUGAAUUCAUUCAAACUGCUGGUUUAGUUUGACUGGAAAUUCUCACAAAAAAUGUACCUGUAAUUAUUACAUUAUGUGCCCUGAGCCACUGAGAUGGUAGAAAGACACUGGAAAGGGAGAUAAUAAGGAAUGUUUUCUGGACAGUAAUGGAGGUAUAGUGAUUUACACAGUUUAGAAUUUAACCCUGUGUCCUCUGGGCAAAGUUCAAGUCAGGAUUUGAACAUUGCAGCUGUUCCUUGUUUAAAUCAAGGGCUAAACCAUAAUUGAGGUCUCCAAGCCAAAUAGGAGAUUUGGCCACACAACCCUCAGUCAUUUCAAGAAGAGUGAAGUGGCUAAAUACCCUAGUCAGCUCUGAAGAUCUCAUAGAUGAACUCCUCUGAAUUCCCCUGAAUUUUGGCUCUAGGUCUGGAUCAGCAGUUUAAGACUGCCUUUGAAGUUGUUGAUAAACUGGAACACUGCAUAUGCCCACAUUUUAAGUAUGGCAUUUAACCUUAGAUGGCAUUUAGUCUCAUGGUAUUCACCUUUUAAACUAGAGAGCACUUUGUUCUGUUUUUUCUUAUUUGUCCUAUAAGCAAACAUAUUUUUGGUGAACAUUGUAUGCAUGAGAGACUAUUUUUACAAAGUUUUUAGCAAGGGAAAUAAAAUUACUUUGGUCUUCUCUGUCUGAGUGAUCAUUUGUUACUCAGUAAAGCUUACUAAAAAGAAGGUGACAAAGAUAAAAAUGACACACUAAAGCUUUGAAUAGUACGGUCAUCACUGUCUCUGAAGAGUCAUCCAACUGAAAGAUUCUGAAAAUAGAGGAGAAUUUUCCUGUCCAAAACUAAGGAGGUGCAAAUCCUGGGUGGAUUUGAACUCUCAUGACAGUUGUGCAAAUCUCAGUCAUUUUGGUUUGUAAGGGUUGAUGUCCCACCUACAAGUUAAUUGAUUUUGUUUCCAGUUGAAAUUAGGCUAAACCCUCAUAUUUCAUAGUUUCCACCUAACACUGAUGGACCUUUCAGCAAACAUGACGAGAAACGGAGCACAAAAAUUGAAGACUGGCAAAUUUUCCCUAGAUUCUUUCAAUGUCAUUGUGUGUGACACAGUCCGCCUACAUGAUUCUUAUCAACCAUAGUACGCAUGCAGUUUACAAACAUAAACAGACCUAUCCUCACAUCCCUGAAAGGCACAGAAAGGUUAUUUCCAUUUUAUAGAUGGGGAGUAGAGGCACAGGGGCAGUAAGUAGCUUACUCAAGGUCAUACAGAGCUGGAAACUAAACCCAAAUUCAAUGAUGCCAUUAUUUCACCCUAGAUCUUGAGACCAAUACCUCUACCACAAGAUCAUCUUUCUUCUGCUUAUCACAUGUCUUUAGAUCUAACCACAUGGAUUAAGGCGCAGGGACAGUCUCACAGAAUACAGGACUCACUGCCUUACUGGUGGAUAGAAUAUUUGAAACCAACCCUGAAAUGUUUGUAUGCUGUUUCACAAGGUAGCACAUCACUCAUUUAAGGCUUUAUAGGUUUGCCUGAACUUUCUGCCCAACCAGUGGUCUUUGGGAUAGAGUCUAAACCUUGCAAGACAGGAAGAUAUACAAUGGGAUAGAGAACCUAUGCUGGCCCAAAGAAAACUGUCUUAUACAUGAUAUGGACAAUGGUGUGACGAGACUGCUAAGAAAGAAUAAAAUGGUUCUCCUUAACUAUCCCCACAAGGUCUCCAUACCUACAAGGCCAUGUGUCAUUGCUAGUACAUUCACUAUACACUGAGUCAUUGAACUACCCAGAUUUUUUUCUAGAUUAAAAGCUCUACAUUGAUACAAUGGGCCUUUGAUUUACAGCCAAUGCUGCUAUAGCUCUUCCAGUCUACCAAAAAUUUUAGAAGGUGUAUUUCUACACAUUUAAUAACAUUCAUUAUUUGCAGUGUAAUAGAUUUCAAUUUUUUUUCCACUGGAAACCAAACCCUCACAUUUAUUUUCAUUUUGAUCCUAAUCAAAUCAAAAUUAAUUUUUGAUUGCAAACAAAAAUCAUUUUGACAAAAAAAUUAAAGUCUGUGAUAGAAUAUGAACAAAAUGAAAAUGGUUUGUGUCAAACAAUGUCAAGGAAACUAAUUGCCAUUGUUCAGGCAGCUCCAGCAUUCAGUAGUGGCACUCUGCCUGCCUGUACAUGAGUAAAGAGAGAGUUAAUUGGUGUUUGGAAGUCUCCACUCAGAAACCAAGUUUUAAUCCCCACCAACUGACAUUCUCUGCCCCUUUAUGAGGAGUUAACUUUAUUGUUCCAAGCAGACUACGUGGAACGCUUUCCAGAUUUGACAGGCAAACCAUCCAUCAUUGUACUCUCAGACACACACAGCGAGCAAAUAUGCAAUACCAGCAAACAUCAGCAGUACUCUAUAAAGCUUCCCAAAUCCUGAGUACGGAGACAUUUGCUUAUGUCACAUGACCAGGACUUGGAGCCUAACUGAAUUACUUUCCUUCAUGCAGUUUCCCCUUUCACCACUACAAUGCAAAAGUGUCUGGAAAGAAGAAAUGUAGAGUGUUGUCACAAGCCAUAUUAACACAUGCACACAAAUGUACAUGCAUGCAUGGAAGAACUGCAGUGGCUUCCAUAGUGAAAAUGGCCCAAAAUGCAGGACUUGCAGCACUGCUUUGCUCAGCAAGGAUUUCUUCUGUUUCACUCAGAGGCUAAGGAAUGCCUACAGUAACCAUAUCCAGAUGUGCCUACUUGGCAACCCGCUGAUGAAACAUUGCUGAGGAGACACAGGAUCUACACUAUUGAAUUGAAUAAUAAGAGUUGCUUUCUUCUACUCCUUUGUCCUGGAGGGCUGGACUCAUGUUUGCUGUUGCUGAAGUGGAAUGAGACUAACCAGCAGAUGUGUUCCUGGCAGUUCUUAUUGUGAUGCCACCAGAAACAACAAGAUGGAUAUAGCCAUAAGGCCGCUCAAAACCAACUUGUAACAUUCCUGGUAACCCUCUGGAAACAAUGAAAGUUCGGCUCAAAGGAGAUGCAAUCUGUACCCUUUUCCUUGUUAUAGCACUUUGCUCUUUACUCUAUUCCCAGCUGGAACACUUAGGUUUAGCAGGUAACAAGGAACAAGCUCACAAGAAACCUUCAGCAACACAAAGAAUCUUCCCAGACCCCCAAGCCCCUGGGAGAUACUCUCAAGAGGAAGUGAUAGUAGCCAGACCCAGAAUUAUUAUUACAAAGAAGGCAGAGGUGGAUGAUUAUUCCCAAACUACCACUGUGUUCCCACUGACUUAUUCUACCUUUGACUUCAAGAGCUACCUUCUCAACAAGGACAAAAGAAACUUCAAACUUCUCAUUAACCAGCCCAAAAAAUGCAGAAGAACGCCUGGAGGUCCCUUUUUGCUUAUUGCCAUCAAAUCAGUGGUUGAGGACUUCGACAGGCGUGAAAUUGUCCGUAAGACCUGGGGCAGGGAAGGUUUGGUACAUGGGGCACAGGUUCAACGAGUUUUCCUUCUGGGAAUACCAAAAAAUAAGUCAGCACUGGCUACAUGGGAGACCCUCAUCCAUCAAGAGAGUCAGACCUACCGGGACAUUUUACUCUGGGAUUUUAUGGAUACCUUCUUCAAUUUGACUUUAAAAGAGAUACAUUUCCUGAACUGGGCCAAUGAGUUUUGUUCAAAUGUGAACUUUAUUUUUAAGGGAGAUAAUGAUGUUUUUGUCAAUGUGGAGAACAUCAUUGACUUCCUUGAGAGGCGUGACCCCACAGAGGACCUCUUUGUUGGGGACAUAAUUUACAAUGCACACCCCAUCCGCAUGAGAAAGAGUAAAUACUACAUCCCAGAAACAAUGUAUGGGCUAGGCAUGUAUCCAGCCUAUGCAGGGGGAGGGGGAUUCUUGUUGUCCAGCCAAACCAUGAAAAAGCUCUCUGAGGCUUGCAAAGAAGUGGAGCUCUUUCCUAUUGAUGAUGUCUUUUUGGGCAUGUGCUUGCAGAGGAUCAAUCUCAAACCUGUUUUGCAUGAAGGAUUCAAGACAUUUGGCAUUGUGAAGCCCUCUGCUGCCCCACACUUGCAGACAUUUGAGCCCUGCUUUUACAAAGAUCUCAUGGUGGUCCACAGUCUAAAAGUACCAGAGAUCUGGCUUAUGUGGAACUUGCUGCAUAGCCCACGGCUUUCCUGCACCCAAAAGAAGCAAGUGAAAAAGCCAUUCCAAUGGAAGAAGAAGACUAAAAUGAUAACAGAAGCUGCAACUUCCUGAUAAAACAGACAAAGUAUGACAGAAGCACAUGGUGAGCCAAGCUCAAGCAAGGAGGAACCAAGGCAGACUGCAAUGUAAUAAACUUGGUUUAGAAAUAGAGUAUUUUAGCACUUUUCCAGUACACAAGGGCAAGUUUUUGCAGAAGCCUGUCAGAUUUCCUGGUUUGUACAUACUAUACAUAGUAGGAUUUUCUCCCUAACGUAAUUCAUAUAAUCACAAAAUUAGAUUUGUUAGAACUGCAAUAACAUUUAAUCCCCUCAGGGAUUACAUUAGAGAGAGGACUCUAGUCCUAUAGGGGGAACAUGGAGAAAGAAGGGACAAAUAAGAAAUUAAGGAUGGUGUCACUUGCAGAGCAGAAUAUAGGUAAGUUGGUCACGUGACCCAAGAUCCCCAGGUAAUUAGGAAGGGGCAGAGUUGAGAUGAGCCUUAAAAACAAGGACAAGAAGUUUCAAUUGCUCCAUCCUAAGAUAUUGAUAUCUCAUUGCUUAUAGUGACGUAUACAAAUUACACACCUGUUAAACUGCUGCUGAAUCAGGACUCAAAUUGGGUAGGUUCCUAGCAAGCUGAUGAGCUUGAUUUAUAUUCAAUGGAAGCUAAAAAUCAUUUGAAAGUGGCAAUCUCUCUCUCUCUAUCUCUCUCUCUCGCUCUCUCUCACCUUUGCAGACCAGAUCCUCAGCCAAUGCAGCUCCAUGUUCGACCUCUAUUUGUUAAGAGGAAUGACAUAUAGGACUCCCAUGAGCACCACAUUUCUUUCUCUCCCUCCUUUGAAUUGGAAGGAAAAUUAUCAGUAUAGUGCACUAGUUUAUAGAUUGCGGCAUUUUUAUACUGAGUGCAGUCAACUAUAAGAAGCAGCUGGGCCUUUUCACAUUGCUGAAGACACAAUUUUAUUAUUCAGAUAAAAAGGUUUCAAAAUAAGAGCCUUUCAAAACUCAUUACAAAAGAACAAACCCAACCCCCCUCUCUCCCCCUCUCCAAAAACCACCUCACCUCCAGACUCUGCCAUCAAAUGGUAUCCUAUGUCCUGUUUAUUGUUUUUGUAUAAACAUUUUAAACUUUGGAGAAGAUCACCAGCUUAUUUGACAUCGAAUGAACUUUUUUCCACUUAAAACAUUUCCCCCCCAGUAACAGUGAAUCUUAAAACAAACCUUCCUUGGACAUCACAAUUAGGAAGUGAAUCACUUAAAAAGGGUCAGAAAGGUCUUUUAAUCUUGGAGAUGAUGGAUCUGGAUUCACAGCUGGCUGAAACUGUUUCCCAAUUUUUAUGAAGCUUCUUCUCUCAACAAUGUCCUGAGAGCAGGGCAUUUAAGCAUGUGCUAAACCCAUCCUUAUUUUGGAGAGCUCUUACACAAGUAUUUCAAGUCAACAGAACUUUAAGCACAUUCUAAAUCAGAACCUAGGCCACAACCGUAAUUCAAACGUGAGACUCCACAGAAUUCCAGCCUUUAUUUUUCUAUUUAGCCAUAGCCAAAGCUCAAUCCCCACUUCAACUAUGCAGAGAGUGAAAAAGGCUGUUAAAGGCAUUGAUUCACUACUGCUAUUAAAGAUAUGCAGCAAUGUGUUCCAGGUUAAAAUUUAGCCUUAUGACAACAUAUUUUCAGGGAGAAAUACCAGCUACAGUAGACACUGAAGAUCUGUAAGUUGAUCUGUAAUAGGUUGGCAAUUUCUGGGAAUAUGACUUUAUACACAUAUAUAUUUCCACAAGCAAAAAAAAAUUGUUGAAAAAUAUAGUAGUUCUGGAGAGGGUGGAAAUAUGUCAUAGCCUUGUCAGUUGGAAAACCACCACUCAGGGUCUGUAGUAAAUGUGCCAUAUGUAUGUAUUUAUGAGCUGUACAGAAAAGUGUUGUUAUUAGUUGGGUAGUUGGGAAAUUAGUUACAUGUUAAUUAAAAGCAACAUGCUUAUCCAAUUAUUGGGAUUAAUUUGGUUUGUAUGUAUGGGUGGAUGGGUGGUGGGAAGAAGUAAGAAAAAAUGAUACAUGUAUUUUUGAACAGAGAAAACAAC